AUGAAGCUUCAGGCUUUGCUUUCGCUCUGCUUCCUUGGUGCAGUCACCGCCGUUCAGUCAGCUAAAGUGGAUGUGAACGACGUUCUCCGGAACCUAACGAGCGAUCCCCUAGGAUUUAAACAUCUGGGUGACGAUGGGGUCGCGCGCUCUUUCAGCCCAAAUGGCACAGUGAUUGACGCCGUAGGGCUAGACCCUGAGCUGCUCAUGAAUGCUGCUCAGGGCUAUAAAGAUCCAAGCAAGCGGCAACACUUGAUAGAUCUUUGGACGGGCGUUGACGGCACCAAUGUCAGUCAUCUUGAUCGCUAUUCACCCCCCAAGGAUUUGCUUCCUACCCUCUUUACGGAUAGCAGGUUGGGAAAGGAACUUAAGGAAAAAAACGAGGAACAGAGGGCCAAUCUGUUACAAUCAAUUAACCUGCGUGUGGUUACAAUGCAGGGACUGUGUAGUUUAUGA